AUCCCUCCUGAGGGACGUGAAAGUCUCCGGGUCAGAAUCUCGGCGGGACGCUGUUUCCUGGUUUGGGAGGAGGGUUUGCGUUUUGGCGGGCACGGUGUCUGUCGGGUGGUGAGAAGCAGGACCUGGGGCAUGGACAGCCGCCUGCAGGAGAUCCGGGAACGGCAGAAGUUACGGCGGCAGCUCCUAGCUCAGCAGUUGGGAGCUGAGAGUGCAGAUAGCAUUGGUGCUGUGUUAAACAGCAAAGAUGAACAGAGGGAGAUCGCUGAAACAAGAGAAACUUGCAGGGCUUCCUAUGAUACUUCUGCUCCAAAUUCAAAACGGAAGUGUCUGGAUGAAGGAGAGACGGAUGAAGAUAAAGUAGAAGAAUAUAAGGAUGAACUAGAAAUGCAACAGGAAGAAGAAAAUUUGCCAUAUGAAGAAGAGAUUUACAAAGAUUCCAGUACCUUCCUUAAGGGAACGCAGAGCUUAAAUCCCCAUAAUGAUUACUGCCAGCAUUUUGUAGACACUGGACAUAGACCUCAGAAUUUCAUCAGGGAUGUAGGCCUAGCCGACAGAUUUGAAGAAUACCCUAAACUUAGGGAGCUCAUCAGACUGAAGGAUGAGCUGAUAGCUAAGUCAAAUACUCCUCCCAUGUACUUACAAGCAGACAUAGAAGCCUUUGACAUCAGAGAGUUGACACCCAAGUUUGAUGUGAUUCUUCUGGAGCCUCCUCUGGAAGAAUACUACAGAGAGACCGGCAUCGCUGCAAACGAGAAGUGCUGGACAUGGGACGAUAUCAUGAAGUUAGAAAUCGAUGAGAUCGCAGCACCUCGGUCAUUUAUAUUUCUCUGGUGCGGCUCUGGGGAAGGAUUGGACCUUGGGAGAGUAUGUUUGCGAAAGUGGGGUUACAGAAGAUGUGAAGAUAUUUGUUGGAUUAAAACCAAUAAGAACAAUCCUGGAAAGACAAAGACCCUAGAUCCAAAGGCCGUUUUCCAGAGGACAAAGGAGCACUGCCUUAUGGGGAUCAAAGGAACCGUGAAGCGAAGCACAGAUGGGGACUUCAUUCAUGCUAAUGUUGACAUUGACUUAAUUAUCACAGAGGAGCCUGAGAUUGGCAACAUAGAAAAGCCCGUGGAGAUUUUUCACAUAAUAGAGCACUUUUGUCUCGGUAGAAGACGCCUUCAUCUCUUCGGGAGGGACAGCACUAUCAGGCCAGGCUGGCUCACAGUCGGACCAACGCUUACGAAUAGUAACUACAAUGCAGAAACCUACGCGUCCUACUUCAGCGCCCCCAAUUCAUACUUGACUGGCUGUACCGAGGAAAUUGAGAGGCUUAGACCCAAGUCACCUCCUCCCAAAUCCAAGUCUGACCGCGGAGGUGGAGCUCCCAGAGGUGGAGGGAGAGGGGGAACAUCUGCUGGCCGUGGUCGUGAACGAAAUCGAUCCAAUUUCCGAGGAGAAAGAGGUGGCUUUAGGGGGGGUCGUGGAGGGACACACAGAGGUGGCUUUACACCUCGGUAGCUGUUACAAACGCUCAACAGCGUCCCCUCUGAUCUUUUUUGAGAAGACUUGCUUCAGAACUCACUCCCAGCUUGCACUUUGCUUUAGUUUCUCAUGCUGCCAGAAAGACCUUAGCCACUCACCCCCACCCCUAGGUCCUUGCAGUUGUCACAGACUGUGGUUCUGCUCAGGGUAAGUCACAUGUGUGCAACACUCAGUCACGGGCUUGACUGAUUUCACUCAAGGCUUUGGCUUCUUGAAAAUAGGAGCGCAGUGGAGCACCUCUCAGGAGAACGGCAGGAAUGGCGCUCUUUCCUUGUCGUGGCUGCCGCAGCCGCAGUAGGAGACUGGAAACCUGGGGAGAGCAGAAUUGAGAGAGGCGGUCACCCUUUUUGGGGCCUUUAAUGUUUUCUUGUUAAAACACUAAAAAGAUGUAGUCCCCCCCCCUUUUAAAUUCUAAAAAAUAACAUGAAGUAUCAUUUGAGUACUGAAGACUCAGAGAUGAAAUGAAGUCACUUUCUUCCAGAUCUGAAUCUGACGGGGCUGGAGCCCUCAGGGAAGGUAAUGGAAGAGGCAGAGCUUCCUAGAUUUAAAACAAAAACAAAACAAAAACCAAAGUUAUCAUAAUGUAAAUAACAGCUGCAGAUGACGUAUAAUCAUGCUUCUUAAGAAGCAAGAGGAGGCAGGCACGUGUCAGGUUGGAGGGCUGUGUGUGAUCUUGAACUUGGACUGACCUUCUAAGACAAUUCAUAUUUCUUAGCAAAGGUAAAAACAGAUUUGCUGGGGGGAGGGGUGGUUCAAACAGUCUAGAAAAUAAACGCUUGAUGAUGAGGAAAUGACAUACAUCUUUAAAGUUGUUAUUGAACAAAAUUUAGGUAAAAGCAAUUAUAGAAACCCUAAGGAUACAGCUUGAGAGAUGGGGUUGCAGUUGCCUUUGAUUAGAGCUGUGUGGUGCAGAUGUCUCCGCGGGGCUGAUGUUCGGAUCUCUUGGCUGUGGAAAGCUUCAUACUGUUGUUUUUCUACACCUUAAGUCAUGUUUGAAUGGAUUUGGAUAUGCCAGAUGAGAUAAUAUCAUUAUUGUUCAUGGUAACUCCUUUUUUUAUUUUGCUAUACUUUUCUAAUAAAAAGUUUAAACCUUUGAAA